AUGCCGAACUCAUUUCCUAUCGAACGCAGAGACCAAAAGUCCAUCAUCGCUGUCGGUGUUGUUUUCAGCGUCCUACCUGCCGUGGCUGUUGGGAUGCGGCUGGUUUCGAGGAGGAUCAUUCGCCGGACACUUGACUGGAGUGAUUAUUUGAUAAUAGCAGCAUGUAUAACAGUGAUAUCGUACUGGGCUACAGCGUUGGCAGGUGUUGUAAUUGGAGGUUUGGGAUUCCACGUGGGCGAAAUAAUCGAUAUGUACGGCCAUGUAGAAGUCGAGAUAGCGUUCCAGAUCUCGUUCGCCUUGCAAAUACUCUGGGCCAUAGCAGGAGGCCUUUACAAAAUAUCGAUACUCCUCUUCUACAUCGAGAUCUUCCCGACCCUCAAGCGAUGGGGCCGAGCCACCAUGGUCGUGAUCUUCUGCUAUACACUCAGCACGGCGCUGGCGGCGCUUCUGGUCUGCGAGGAGGUUGAGGAUAACUGGGACUAUGAGAACCUUUUCCAAGGCAAAUGUGGAGACCGAAUCCUCGUCUUCCGCGUGACUGGUGCUCUCAACAUCGUCUCGGAUGUCGUCGUGCUGUUACUCCCGGUCCGUAAUGUGCUCAAGCUGCAGUUGCCGCUGUAUCGCAGGUUGGUUCUUCUGGCCACUUUCGCUCUUGGUCUAUUUACCUGUGUAAUAAGCAUCAUCCGAUUAGCAACGCUCUCUAGUCUCAGUUCCCGCGACUUCCGAGACACGCCGUACGCGAUCAUGCAGACCGUCAUAUGGAGCGGCUUGGAGCCAAGUGUCGCCGUCAUUCUGGCUUGUGUGCCACUGCUCCGGCCUCUGGUGCUCCGCGUCCGUGGCGGGGUCAAUUCGUCUGAAGCCCGCACCAAGUCAGUGUCGGCUAAUGGCCGGUCUCUCGGCAUGAGCACGGCUCCAAGGGCGUUGGCGUACAAUCAGAUCCGCGAUAGCCUUGUCUCGGGCAUGCCAACACCCAUGACUAGAGUCCAUAACAUGGAAGCGAUGCUCAUUUCGAGGGACGCUACCCCUGUUACUGACGUGGAAUUGGGAAUGAUUGUUCACUUGGAAAAUGCGUCAUAG